AUGCUGAAAUGUGUGAUGAGCGGCAGUCAGGUGAAAGUAUUUGGGAAAGCAAUCCAAGCUCUCUCACGAAUUAGUGAUGAGCUGUGGCUAGACCCCUCUGAAAAAGGUCUUGCUUUAAGAUCUGUGAAUUCUUGUCGGUCAGCAUAUGGAUGUGUCCUCUUCUCUCCUGUGUUUUUUCAACAUUAUCAAUGGUCAACCUCAGUGAAAAUGAAUGAUACUGACAUAAUAUUGAAUUUAAAUUGCAGAUUGGGAAUGAAGUCAAUUCUGCCCAUCUUUAGAUGUCUGAAUUCCCUAGAGAAAAAUGUGGAGAAGUGCAAACUAUUUACCAGAUCUGAUAAGUGCAAAGUAGUUAUUCAGUUCUUCUGCCGACAUGGUAUUAAAAAGAUUCAUAAUGUGUGUUUUCAAGAAAGUCAGCCUUUGCAAGUUAUUUUUCAAAAGAAUAUGUGUGCUAAUACACUAGUGAUUCAGCCAAGGGUGCUUGCUGAGGCAAUUGUUCUUUUUACAUCGAGUCAAGAGGAAGUUACUCUUGCUGUUACUCCACUGAAGGUUUGCAUUAAGAGUUCUAAUGAGGAAUCAAUGGACCUGACCAAUUCUGUAUACAGUGAGAUGUUUGUUGGUCCAGAUGAGUUUGACUUCUUUCAAGUUGGAAUUGACACUGAAAUAACAUUUUGCUUCAAAGAACUGAAGGGAGUGCUGAUAUUUUCAGAAGCUAUACAUGCUCCUAUAGCCAUUCAUUUUGACUUUCCUGGGAAACCCAUGGCUUUAAGUAUUGAUGAUAUGUUAUUGGAAGCCAACUUUAUUUUGGCUACAUUAGCUGACGAGCCAAGUAGAGCAUCUUCUCCACAAACACUGUGUCUUUCACAAAAACAAAAAAGGUCAGAGCCGAUACAUUCAAAUUCAAAGGCUGGUAAAAAUGCAGCCAGCAAGGUCCCAGAGUAUAUCUCAAGAAAAGUAGAACUGAAAAGGCUGUAUUCUGAUGAGACUCCCAUGAACACCUCUACAUUGGAAAAUUGUGGCAGCCCUUUAAUGAAAAGAGCGAACAAAGACCUUACUGAAGUACCCGAAAGCAGUGGAGAUAUUAGUGAAGUCCCAGAAAGCAGUGUCGGUGACACGGAAGUGCCAGGGUCUCCAUGUCUCAGGAAGUUCUCUUGCUUGUUCUUUGGAGCAGUUUCUUCUGACCAACAGGAACCCUUCAGCCUCCCUUUUCAGAGUCUGGCCACAGCAAGUUGA